AUGCCACCCCUAAUGUCUCAAGGAGGCCUGAACACAAAAUCAGGUUUCACAUCAACAAUGCCAACCUUUGAUCAAGACUACUUCACAAAGGUUUUGACAGAGUGCAAGGAGAAAUGCUCUAAGAAGCCUCCAUCUAUCAAGUCACCACAUAAGGAAAGUUUUGUGGAGGCAUGUCAAACGUUUUAUGACCUCUAUCAGAAGCUUCAAACAGUAUCCUCGGACAAAGAGAUGGAAAAACUUGCUGGAGAGCAAGAAAAGGCAAUGAAAAAAUGCGUAAAGAGUGCAAACAAGGUUCUUGACUCGGUUGAUUUGAACGAAAAUGAAAAGAUCGUUAGCUCUGUAUUGAAGGGGACGAUCAUCACAAAGGCAUCGCCUGAAGGCCUCGCCUAUUUCUGCUCAUUAGAAAAGGGGAAUGGCGAGGCUGUUGAGGGCUUACUCAAGUCCACCAAGCGAAUGAAAGAGAUGCUGGGUAAUGGAGGUGCAAAGGGUGAAAACUACGGUCAAGCAAUCGUGACUUACAACAAGCUGGCGAAGGAUAUAAAGAAAGAUGACGAAGAGAUUUACAAGAAACUGGCAAUGGCGGUUGCUUUGGAAUUAGCGAUCCCAAUGCUUGAAUUCGACACAGAAAUUGAGGUCGACCCAAUCGAAAGAUACAAACAUUUUGCAGAUGCCUAUAAGAAUGGAGAGCUUGACCCAGCGUUUCCUCAUUUCUCAAUCUGGGAAUUGCGACAUGUUGUCAAUUGUGACGCCAAGAACGACCAGAUGAAAUGGGGACGAGACAUGCUCCUAAACUAUGCCCCAUACUUUACAGUUCUUACUGUCCCAAAAGAGAAAUACACUUUCAUAUGUCAAACAGAUGUUCUAAUGAGAGCAUCUACGUGGACCUCAGACCCAAGAACGUAUCAGCAGGUUCUUUCUGGAGGGGGCAAUGAUGAACCAAACGCAUGGUUUGGUCGUUUCAUCGCCAAGGCUCACGGGAUUCCGACCUGGGGAUGCGUACAGGGCGAAGAUAAUGCCUACACCAGAUGGACUGAAGCUGGGUGGGAGACCAUGAUGACUGCCAAAUGGGACGAUUGUGGAUGGGAGGGUGUUGAAGGUUCUGAUUUCAAAGGUGAAGUGGACACACGGAGUGCAUUCUCCUCGAAAGAUUAUUUCAACAAGCUGAUCUUGUUAGAAUGUUUCACCCAACUGUUGGACAGUGAUAUUCCCGAGGAUGAAGAAUUCACUCUUCAUCCGUUGAGGAUCUGGAGAUCACUUUCCAUUAUUCAAAAAGCUCUGAUGCUGUUGCCAACUAAACCCGAGAAUUUUCGCCGUGAAGGAAGCAGUAAAGUCAAGUCUCGUCUAGCGGCUUACUUGGAGCGGUACGAAUUUAAGGAACCUGAUGAGGAAGAAAGAGUUGAGGACGGUGUACUUAUCAUUCCAGUCACAGAACAAGGAUUUGCAGAAGGAAAGAUGAGAAUCAUCGAGUCGUUUCAGGGGGGCAAACAACUCAAUUUUGCUGGCGGGGAAGCAAAAAUUGACUUUACUCUUACCGAUGAUCUCGAAGGGCGCACUAACUUUUCAAUUGAGGUAAAUUCUGUUCAUGCAAAGCAGAUUCCCCUCUCUGUUACGGUCGACGACGGUGAACCAAUCUCGAUUGAAGUUCCAUACACGCUUGGAGAGUGGAGUAAAACUGCGGAUGUCAAAUUGGAUCUGUCAGGUGGAGAGACCAUCCGCAUUAGUAGACAGAAGGGAAGUUUCGGUCUGGCAAUACGGAACUUGAUGUUAAAUUAG